UUGCAAGGCUCUUUGCUUCUUCGCUGAAUUUCGAUGCAGUGCCGCGACUUGUGCUCCAAUCGGCUAGCAACCACUUUUCUAUUUUACUUUUCGACGACAUUUUUACCAACUAAUCACGCUGAGAAACGGAAAUAAAUUGGCAACGUAACUAGUCGAUACUUCCACGGCAUCAUGAAUAAGACAUGGAACCAGUUGUUGCCCAAAAAUUAAAACAAAAAAAACCAAUCAGUAAAACAAAGCUUAAGAAAACAAUAAAGAAUAUUGUAUGCCGUCCUGAUCCUGUAAACUGGCUAUUAGCAUCAAAAGAAGAACAUUUAAGACUAGAAACAACUCUUCAGAAAUAUAGAGUGACUUUACCAGAGUUUAAAAAACCUCACUGGAAUGACAUUAAAGAUUUACCCAAGGAAAAAAGACCAAGACCACCUCCGUGCAAAAGAGUGGAAGGUCUAAUAUUUGGCUUAUCAGAAUGUCAAGAAUCUCUAAAAACUGGACUUUGUUCAGGUAUCCUAAUAGAAUCAGAUGUGAAUCCAAAAAUCUUAAUGGAGCCAAUAAUUGAAGAUUGUUGUUCAAAUUCUAUACCAUAUCUUUGUUUAAAUGGACUCAGAAAAAUAAGUGCAAUGAAUUUUGGUAUUUCUACUAGUUGUCUGGGUAUCCAAAAAGGGUGCUUGUUGGACUUACAAAAUGAUGUCCAAGUCAUUUUCAAACAGAAAUAUAAACCAGAAGUAAAAAAUGUAGUUGACAAUGAAAAAGAAAUUUCUGAAAUCCCAAUGGUUGUUGAUGAUGUGAAAGAAAUAAAAAUAUAUCCAUAUUUAUAUAGGAAAAGCAAGAAGGAAAGAGUUUUCAAACCUUCAGAGUAUCAAGCAGUGAAAACUGUCACAGAAAAGUUUACUGGGCAAAACUUUAUAGGGAUUUCAGAAGAUAAGAAAAAUAAUAGUAAAUCUUAUAUGAAUAUGAUUCUAAAAAGAAUGUCUAAUAAUCCUAAUAGAGUAAAACUAAAAAAAUAAAUUAUAUUUGACACAAAAUUGUUUAUUUAUAAUCUUAAUCUAUGUCAAAAAAGACAUCAUAUUACUCACUUCACUAGGAAAUGUUAACACAGUGCCAACCAGAAUGAGGCCAUUUUGCCCCAAAUUAGUUUGAGUACUUAAGUUAAUUUUCCCAACAUGUAGAUGUUGGCAAAACUUAUUUAACUAAAGCCAAUAUUCACUGUCAUUCCAAAGACUGAAUUUCAUUUAAUAUAAGAGCAGAGAAUACAGUCUUUAAAUGCCAGUAAAGUAUGGUCCAAGUGCCA